AUGGCCUCUGUCUCAGAAAGCACUCCUCUACUAGCCGACUCAGGCCCCCAAGAGGUCGGCGAAUACGGAAUUGCUCAAGAGAGCACAGACACCCCUUCUCCGCAAGCGAGACCACCUUACCACCGAAUUAUAGUAGUCCUCACCCACCUUUCAGCGGCCCUGUCAGUCCUUGCUCUAGUCUUGUACUUGACAGUUGGCUCCCUCGACGCCGCUGGACCAGGCGGCUUCUACCUAUUUUGGAACCUAGUUGUAGCCAUCCGGGACCUAGCUGCUAUCUGUAUCCUAGCUUCCAUCGCCUCAUCUCUCAAUCUAGCUCGCCUUCGACACGCGCGUCGCCCGCUCUGGCUCUGGCCAAACCUACUCGUCGACGCCGUGGUCGUGUUCUUCACCUUUAUCAUCGUACCAGGAGCUCUAGCGGAGGCCUCCGCCAUUAAUCCUGACUCGUGGCUUCCUGAUCGCCGGGGAGUGGCGACCGCCAGGGCCGUGAUCGUGCUGUUGAUUGUUGGGCUGAUUGCUAGUUUGCUUGUCGGGCUGGCUCAUUUGGCUCUGCUUUUCCUGCGAUGCUUUGCAUUCUUUCAGAGCGAGCCGUCGCAGGGUCCACGGACUUGGAGGGUUCCUGGUGGCGAGUUCAGGGUUGAGUUUAGUAUUAAGUUUCUGCGACAGGGGGAUGGUGCUAGGAGGGAGUCUAGCGAUGCUGAGGCAUGA